GUCAAUUCUCGUUCUGUGAAACGGUGAAAUGAAAACUUUUUUCGCGUUUUCAUUGCACUUCCGAUUCGCUUUCAGUGAAAAAAUGAAAAGAAACGUCAAAGUGUUUUCACAUGAAAAAAAAAGUGGAACGAAACGAAACUUUUCACUUUUUCACAACCCUGACGAUUCUCGUUCUGUGAAACAGUGCAACCAACUGUCAAAAACUUAUCAUAUGUAAAAAAAUUAUACACAGCCUAUUUAUAUGUGAAAACAAGAUGGAGAAGAUACCAGGAGGAAAGCGCGCCAGCGAAAACCAAAAAGAGUUUUUAAUAAAUUAUCUAGAAGACAAUGUAGACAUUGCAAACGAUAAAUUUGUGACGGCAGAUGGUGCCAAAUUUCGCGAAGAAAAGUGGAAAGAACUAGCGGUGAGCCUUAAUGCUCUUGGCGGCACUCAAAAGGAUGGUGCAAAAUGGAAGAAGUAUUGGAGCGAUUUAAAACUUCAUACUCGCACAAAAUGUAGUGCGAUACGGCAGGCAGAGCAGAGAAGUUGUAUAAACGGUUUGAGCCGGGCCAAAGCACUGUCACCGCUGGAAGAGCGCAUAAUUAAGAUUACAACUGUGCAGGCAGUCGAUGGUGAUGAAACGGGCGAAGUGGGCUUUGAAGCACUCGACAUGGCAGAAGCUUCUCACAAUCUCGCUGACAUUGUGGAGGAGACAUUCGAAGUUGUUGUGGCUGAAUGCGAGUUAGAUGGUACUGCAGCCGCAACCACAUUGGAAGAUGCAACUACGUGUCCAAUGAUGGGGGCGAGCACCUCAACUGCUGCAGCAAUAAGAGGCAGCACAGCAGCAGCCCGUUCGAGAGGGCGAAAAAGAAAGGCGCAAGCAGAAAACCCUCAGUUAGAAAAAUUGUUUAGGCUAGAGGAAAUCAAGGUAAGGGAAAUGGAGAUCGCCAAUUAUUUAAAACGCGAACAGAUCCAAGCGGUGAAGGAGCAGACAGAGGCAAUAAUAGUGGGCACGCAAAUGAAAGAAUGUAUUGCAGAAAAACUACAACAUUUAAUUGAAAUUUUGAGGCGGCCGUGA